GUCGUCCUGCGAUCGUCAUGGAUCGCAGUUGAGUUGUUGCGUUUUUUGAAUGGCGUGCAUAAUAUUUGAAAAGUUAAGUUAAAAGAAAAUUUAACUAUACUUUUAUUUUUAUUUAUGGUACGCCUUAUAUAAUAUAUUUUAGAACAGUCUAAAAUUAAAUCCCGUGAACAUGGCUGUGAACGUGUGUUGUUGUGUGAAACUGUCCCCUAACAAAAAAUCGAUUUUUGGAUCGAGUAUAAAGAACCAAAUAAUGUAUUUGGUGAUAGUUGCGAGUUUAUUCGCCAUUGUGUCAUCCGCGGACACUGAGACAUCCUGUGCUAAAGUGAAAACUUUCUUCGAAAAGAAAGGAGUGUUGUUGGAUGUUGACAUACAAGAACAAGCUAACUCAGACGCGGGUGGUCUCUGUCUCAACAAAGGUUGUUGUGGGCCUAAAGCGAACGUAGCGUUAACGCAGCGCGCACAUCAACAGCUGACCGACUCGCUGCGAAGCGAGCUGGCCAAACUGGCGGACAUCCUCACCGUCAGAGCGAGGAAGUUCGAUGAAUUCUUUCGAAAGCUUUUGAAAGUGUCACGGGAGGAAUUCCAUAACAUGUUCAAGCGAACAUACGGCAUGAUCUACGAGCAACACUCAUAUGUUUUCGAACAACUUUUCGAGCAGCUACAGAAUUACUACACGCGCGGGGACACGAACUUCGACAAGAUGAUGGACGACUUCUUCGGCAUCCUCUACGAGAAGAUGUUCACAGUUCUCAACUCUCAAUACAGCUUCGACCAGAAGUAUUUGCGUUGUGUGAACGAGCAUAUGCGCGACAUCCAACCGUUCGAGGACGUGCCGCACAAGCUGUCGGUGCAGCUGCGGCGCGCCUUUGUUGCCACGCGUACCUUCCACAAGGCGCUGCGUGCCGGCUCGGACGUCGUGCGCAACAUGAUGCAGGUGGAGCUGAGUAGCGAGUGCGGCGCGGCGUGGGCGCGGCUGCGGUGGUGCGGCGCGUGCGGCGGUGUCACGGCGCCUGCCUGUUCGCGCUACUGCCACAACGUGCUGCGCGGCUGUCUGCACGCGCACGCAGACCUCGCCGACCUCUGGGAUGCUUACGUCGAUUCCGUAGAGAAGGUGGCCGAUCGUCUACAAGGACCUUUCAACAUAGCUAUGGUGGUUGAGCCCAUCGACAUAAAGAUAUCUGAGGCGAUAAUGAGCUUCCAGGAGCACAACCAGGAGAUAUCGCAGAAGAUCUUCGCGGGCUGCGGGAAGCCCAACUUGGGCGGCGACGGUGGCGCAGGACCCUUCUUCGCGCCGGACAGGUCGCGGCGCUUCGCCCGCUCCAUUCCAGACUUCGACUGGAACCAGAAAGCCAACGACGUGGACGACUUCGAGAUAGAAGCGUCCUUCGAGAGCUUAGUGAACAACGACCCUUCGCUUGUAAGCCUCCAGAGUUCCGAGGACAUCAAGAAGGCGGCGGAGGAGAUGGGUGAGCAGGCCAAAUCGCGAGAGCGCUUCCUCCAGUACAUGAGAGGACACAUUGACUUGGAGGAGUACGAGGAGCACGAGCGGCGGCGGCGGGAGGCGGGGCCCGACGCCGCGGGCGGAGACAUCUAUAUGAAGCCCUUCGACUUCGAGGGCAAGCGCGGCUCCAAGAAGAAGAAGCCCAUCGCCACCAAAGCUGAUGAUGUACACGGUGCGGAGUGGGGCAGCCCGGUGCUGGAGCGGCUGAUGCGGGAGACGCGGGCGCGUGUGCGCGGCUCGCGGCGCUACUGGGCGCAGCUGCCGGCCGCACUCUGCGCACCGCUCAGCGUCACCACCGCGCCUUGCUACAACGGCUCCGCGCUCGCCAGCUACACGAGUAGUACAGCUGGCGACGGCUCGGCGGCGCUAGCGUCUAACCCGGAGGUGCGGAGCGCGGGGUCUGCGGGUCCGGCGGCGCGCGCGCAGGCAGACGCGCUGAGGGCGCUCACCGCACGACUCAAGGACGCCUACAACGGUGUCGAGGUUCAGUGGAAAGAUGAAGACAAGCUGCAGGAGACGGCGGCGGCGGCGUCGGGGCUGGACCUGGUGGCCGUGGCGGGGUCAGGCUCGGGCUCCGGCGACGACGGCGACGACGACCUGCCCGACGAUGACGAGGACCGCGACUCCAACCUGGACUACCCCGAAGGAUCAGGGGAGAGUCAGCCCACGGAGGAGGUGACCCCGGAGGCGGUGACGGAGCCCCGGCUGGUGGUGUCGGAGGCGCCGAGCGCCGCGCUGCCCCCGGGCGGCGGCAAGGUGCGCGUGCGCCUGCCCGACACGAGCAGUGCGCGGGCGCCCGCCGCCGCCGGCACGAGUGAGGCGCCCCUCGAGCCGCCGCGCGAGGCGCCGCCGGUGGAGGAGGUGGUGCCGGGCGCCGCGCCGCGCCCCUCACUGAGCAAGGCGCUGUUCACGUACGCGCUGCCGGUGGUCUGCGCCUGGUUCGGCACAAUCGUCACAGAUCUCUUCUAG